UAUUCACUGAUAGUAUCUCUUCUCACAAUACUCUUUACUAUAAUUGUUUGAUUUAAAAAAAACUACCCAAAAUGGCCAUCACUCUGACUCUCCCUGAUUCCUACGGCUUCGUCCUGGCCGCCGCCACAUCCACCUUCUUCGUCAACGUCCUGCACAUGGCGCGCACAGGCAAGUUCCGCAAGGCCAGCCAAAUCGCCUAUCCCAACGCCUAUGCCACCCACGAGCAGGCCGAGAAGGACCCCAACGCAUUCAAGUUCAACUGCGCUCAACGUGCCCACGCCAACUUCAUCGAGAACCAGCCCUCCGCCCUCGGCGCCCUCUUCAUCGCCGGCCUGUCCUUCCCCCUCGCCUCCGCCAUCCUUGGCGGAACCUGGGCUUUUGGCCGAACCCUCUACCUGUACGGCUACACUGGCUCCGGUCCCAAGGGCAGAGCAUUUGGUUCAUAUCUCGCAGGUGCCGCAGAUCUGGCCCUGAAGUUCAUGGCUGCUUACACCUCCAUCAACUUUAUCCUGGAUCAUUAAUUAAUUACUCCUGUCUACCACGUGUACAUAGUAAUGAUAUGUUUAAUUCGAGUU